CUUCUGGAGUUUUUCUCGCGGAGUAUUCCAGUGGCUGGAAUCGAUAUAUUCGUCUCACUGCCUGCAUCAUCUGUCCGGACAGCCGUUGUCUGUUACGCGACAGCCCCCGGGAAUAGUAUCUCCGGAUAACCCCCUCAUGAUGAUCCGUGUUUCUGUCUAACGGAGCUCUUUCGAUAAUUUGUUUAGCUUUGGCGUGCAUGCAGGUUUUCCAUGUCUGCGACAGGACCCUCGGAAUCCCCGGCUCCUAGUGGUCCAAGGGAAGGCGAGGUCGAGCCGGCCGCUACAACUGAACAGCAGGUGGAGUCUAGUGGCCUCGAACCGGCGGCGCAGCUACAGGAUGACCCCUCAGGGGUUCCGGAAACUAGUCAACACACGCAACAAGACAGGACGAUGGAGAACUCUCGAAGUGAAGCGCCGGAUACCGCGACAGAGUCCUCGAACGUGGCCCCGAUGCCAUCCGCCCUAGAACCUUCGAACCCCGCCCCCUCCCAACGAGAGUCGCUUCCGGAGCGGAUGAAGGGGCUUUUAAUAUCGACUACAACCCCAGAACCCGUCUCAUCGCCUGGCACAGAUGUACCUCCUACCCCUCCAGCAAAGGAUAAACCCUACCAGAACUCCGGCCCUCAGCCUGCUCCUACGCACUCGCCCGCAAUCGAGUUGACUGAGAAGGAACUACCGGAAAUUCCUGGCAACUACUACAAUGAAAAAAAGAGCGCCUCUGGUGCUGACGGUCGGGACGAUGACUCGCAGUCAGAAAUCCAGAGCAUUAUGGACCAGUUCCAGGACUCUACGCGCGGCGAUGGUCAAGAACAAAUCAUGUCUCCUCGGCUAGAGCUUGCUGAGCAGUUUCUCGGUGGGCAGAGCCACUUUCCACCACGGCAGUCAAGUUUGGAUCAGAGCAAACCCGUCGCUGACGAUUCUCGUGCGCCAAAGCCUGUAGCCGGAGUGCCCUCUAUCUCGGCUGAAAAACAGCCUGCGAAGCUUCCAAAGGGUUCCGCUACCGACGAGGCCAAGCUGAGCCGGCGUUCGUCGACAUCAACCCUUCCUCCACCUCCAGAGCCCGAGCCUGACCAGCCAUUUGAUUUCCAUCGCUUUCUAGAGCAGCUGCGGCACCGCACUGCGGAUCCGGUUGCUAAGUUUCUACGCUCGUUCCUCCACGAGUUCGGAAAGAGACAGUGGAUGGUCCACGAACAAGUCAAGAUUAUCAGCGACUUUUUGGUAUUCAUCACCAACAAGAUGGCUCAGUGUGAAGUUUGGCGCGAUGUCUCCGACAGCGAGUUCGACAACGCCAAGGAAGGGAUGGAGAAACUUGUAAUGAAUAGACUGUAUUCCCAAACCUUUUCUCCGGCUAUUCCUGGGCCGCCCACAAUCCCAAGAAGUGCAAGUAGGAGCAAACGGCGAGAAAUGGAGCGGAACCACGGACCGUGGAGACGGGGCCAACAUCAGGAGGAUAUAGAGCGUGAUGAGGUGCUGGCGCAGAAGAUGCGCAUAUACAGCUGGGUAAAAGAGGGGCAUUUGGACAUACCGCCAGUAAGCGCUCACGGCCGGCGCUUCUUGAAUUUGGCCCAACAAGAACUGCUGAAAAUCAAUGGCUACCGAGCUCCCCGCGAUAAAGUAAUUUGUAUCCUCAAUUGCUGCAAGGUCAUAUUCGGCCUGCUGAGGAAUUCGAAGAGAUCUGAUACGUCUGCCGACUCUUUCGUGCCUCUUUUGAUAUACGUGGUGUUGCAGGCGAAUCCUGACCAUCUGGUAUCCAACAUUCAGUACAUUCUGCGCUUCCGCAACCAAGACAAGCUUGGAGGGGAAGCCGGGUACUAUCUAUCCUCGUUGUCAGGAGCGAUUCAAUUCAUCGAGACCCUAGACCGCACGAGUCUGACAGUGAGCGAUGAAGAUUUCGAGCGAAACGUUGAGGCUGCUGUCUCCGCCAUUGCCCAGCAGAACCGGGAAUCCGAGUCUGUCGAGCGAAAGUCUUCAGAUCGCUCAGGUGAGAGCGCGCAAGCUCCACCCCGAAGAUCCCUUGAUACCCAACGCACAGCCGUGCGGAGAGAAGCUCCCCAGUCCAGCGAUGACGAUACGGCACCAGUAGCAGGGUUGCUGCGGACCAUCCAGAAGCCAUUGUCGACCAUAGGAAGGAUAUUUUCCGACGAGCCAGACUCGCCGCAGGAACGGCCAUCGCAGUCUGGGGCAUCGCCACGACUGACACCGAACGUGUACCAGCCGCCUCGUAGUAGCAGCGAAGGCAGGCGAUCGGCCGAGAGGCCACGCAAUGCAGCCUCGCCGCAGGUGGCCAAAGUGGCCGGUGCCCAGGACGCUGCUGCCCGUCAGGCCAGCGCCGAGGAUGCAGAGGCACGGAGGAUCCACCGUGCUGAGCACAUUAAUGUUGUAGAAACACUGUCCAACAUGUUCCCCAACCUCGACCGCGAUGUAAUCGAUGAUGUUGUCAAGAUGAAGGAAGGAAGGGUCGGGCUGGCAGUGGAUGCGUGUCUCGCUUUGAGUGCCGAGUAAAGAGGAGCUGGCAGAGUUAGACUAAGGACAGGUGCAUAAUUUGAGGGGUUAGCUAGCAUUCAUUCAUCG